UUUCCCUCCCCUCUCUUGGAGGUUUUUUCCCGGUGCCUUUCGAGCGAGCUCAACUCCGAGGUUCGCAGCUUGCUGCUGUUCCGCGGGAGCAGCGCCGGGAGCAGCCGCGUUCCUGCCGCCUUUCCCUGGGAAACUUCAGCAUGCGGCUGGAAGAGCUCAGGAGGCUCCAGCACACCCUGGAACAGGUCAAUGAUGGCAAAGACUCACUCCAAAGCCCUCAGCUCUCCAUGGAUGAAGAAAAUAAUGUCCAGGAUUAUCCUAUCAACCUCCAGCCCUCAGAGUCCAAAGUGAAAAUCAUCCAGCGAGCAUGGCGUGAGCACCUGCAGCACCAGGAGCUGUCCCCAUCCCCAGGGCUACGGGACAAGCACAGCCCCAAAAAUCCAACAUCCCCAAAAUCCUCAACAUCCCCAACAUCCCCAACAUCCCCAAAAUCCUCAAUAUCCCCAACAUCCCCAACAUCCCCAACAUCCCCAAAAUCCUCAACAUCCUCAACAUCCUCAACAUCCCCAACAUCCCAAACAUCCCCAACAUCCCCAACAUCCCUAAAAUCCUCAACAUCCCCAACAUCCCAAACAUCCUCAACAUUCCCAACAUCCCCAAAAUCCCCAACAUCCCCAAACUCUCCAACAUCCCCAACAUCCUCAACAUCCCCAACAUCCUCAAUGUCCCCAACAUCCUCAACAUUCCCAAUGUCCCCAGUGUCCCCAACAUCCCCAACGUCGCCGGCCUCGGGCAGGAUGAGCAGAUCCAUCAGCAUGAACACCUUCUCUGACAGCAGCACCUCUGACCGCCGCGAGGAUGGCACGGACAUGGAUUUAGGCAGCGACGCCGGCAGCAGCCGCUGCAGCUCGGGGUCCAACUCCAGCAAAGCCACGCCGUGCUCGGAGGGCAGCUCCUCGCCGUGCCCCGGCAGCCUGGAGCUGGCGGCGCUGGAGGACUCGGAGGAGGAGGAGGAGGAGGAUACCGGGGGCUCCCCGCCGUCCCCCGCCGCCCAUGGGCUCUGCCGCGGCCCCGGCGCUGCCCGUGGCCGGCGCUGCCCCCGCCCGCGGCCCCCGCCCCGCUCGGACCCCGCUCGGCAGCGGCGGCGGCGCGGGGAGGGCGCGGGGCGCGGCACCGGCACCGGCACCGGCAGCGGGGCGCGGCCCCCCCGCGACCCCCGGCCCCCCCGGCAGCCGCAGCCCCCGGCCAUGGACUGGGCAGCCCUGGAGCGGCACCUGGCCGGGCUGCAGUGCCGCGAGCAGCAGCAGAACCCGCGGGCCAGCGCCGCCUCGGCCCAGAAGAAUGAGCGUGAGUCCAUCAGGCAGAAGUUGGCUCUGGGCAGUUUCUUUGACGAUGGCCCCGGGCUCUACACCAGCUGCAGCAGGAGCGGCAAGCCCAGCCUGUCCUCCCGGUUGCAGAGUGGGAUGAACCUGCAGAUCUGCUUUGUCAACGACAGUGGCAGUGACAAGGACAGUGAUGGUGAUGACAGCAAGACAGAGACCAGCCUGGACACACCUGUGUCACCCAUGAGCAAGCAGAGCUCGUCCUACUCGGACAGGGACACGACAGAGGAGGAGUCAGAGUCCCUGGAGGACAUGGAUUUCCUGAGCAGGCAGAAGAAGCUCCAGGCUGAGGCCAAGAUGGCCCUGGCCAUGGCCAAGCCCAUGGCCAAGAUGCAGGUGGAGGUGGAGAAGCAGAACAGGAAGAAGUCACCAGUGGCAGAUCUGCUGCCACAUUUGCCUCAUAUCAGUGAGUGCCUGAUGAAGAGGAGUCUGAAACCCACCGACCUGAGGGACAUGACCAUCGGGCAGCUGCAGGUGAUUGUCAAUGACCUGCACUCCCAGAUAGAAAGCUUGAACGAGGAGCUGGUGCAGCUGCUGCUGAUCAGGGAUGAGCUGCACACAGAGCAGGAUGCCAUGCUGGUGGACAUUGAGGAUCUCACCAGGCAUGCUGAGAGCCAGCAGAAGCACCUGGCAGAGAAGAUGCCAACCAAGUGAUUCCUCCUCCUGCCCUGGCAGCUCCAGAGCCCCAGUGUUGCUCAUUGCCCAUGGCUGAAGCUUCCUGUCUGGUGAUUGGCCUCUGCUUCUUAAUUUAUUUUAAUUUUUUUACUCGUGCCACUAAAUAUCAGGCAUUUUAAUAAUAAUAAUGUUGUUAUUAUUAUUAUUGUUAUUAUUACAGAAACAGAAUUGUACAGUACUUAUAACAUUAUAAAUCAUGGGCGAGAAGAGAGGGGUAGUUGAACUUUAUUUUUUGGUUGUUUAGAGAUUUUUUGGGUUGGAUGAUAUUUUACCAUUGACUACUUUUUUAUUCCUCACUGUAGUUUUCAAAUAAAGACCCUGUUCUUGACGGUGCUAUAAAGUAAAAAAAAAAAAAAAAAAAUCCAUGCCUGCCUCGUAGUGACGUCGUAGCUUUCAGUAAUUUGUACAUUUUCCUCAGUUCUCAGCAUUUUGGGGAGUGUUGAUGCCCUGACAUUCAUUUUUAGGUGUGCUAUUAACACUCAGUGGGGUGCAGAGAGUUGGAGGUUUCCUGUAUAAAGCUGUAAAAUAAAAAUUACCACCAUUGUUUCCUA